GAGAUAUCGAUUACGCGUGACGUCUUCCAGCCCGGCGUCGCGCGGCGAGGCGAGAGACUGGCCGCACGCGCACACGCCUGACAUUAACGUUCUCGCGCGCUCCUCGGCUGCUUCUCCGCUCGGGGAACAUGUUGCGCGAUCACUUUCGCGUAGCGCGAGUGCCGUGAAGCGAAAACGAUCGCGCGUGGCGCCGGCCGAGAUCGGCGACUCCCCGCAGCCCCCGGUGGGGCCCGUCGCGCGCUCCGCGAGAAUCGAUAUGUGGCGAGGAACGACGGCGACCCGUUGACAAAUCCUUGGGCCGAACAAUGGAUCAAUACCGAUACCUCGCGGCGGAGGGCAACACGUAAAAGAAACCACGACGAGAGCCGUACACUUGGUCGCCAGUAUGGAGAAAUUGGACAACCAGCAGAAAACCUGGAAGAAGAAGGGUAUGAAGCCGAGCGCGGCGGUCGCCGAGGUAGCGACGCAAUGCGUGAAGGUGGUCGUGCGGUGCCGACCGAUGGACGAGCGGGAGAUCACUCGCGGCUACAGCCGCGUGGUCGACGUGAUCCCGUCCAGAGGCGCGGUCGAGGUGCGGCAUCCGCGCGACGAUCCGACCAGCGAGACCGUCAAGGUGUUCACCUUCGACGCGGUGUACGACUGGAACUCCAGUCAGCAGGAGCUGUACGAGGAGACGGUCAGGCCGCUGGUGUCCUCGGUACUCGACGGCUUCAACGGCACUAUCUUCGCCUACGGGCAGACCGGCACCGGCAAGACUUACACCAUGGAGGGCUCGAAGAUGGAGCAUGAGAGGCGCGGCGUCAUCCCGCGCUCCUUCGAGCACAUAUUCAACAACAUCGGCAGGUCGGAGAACAUGCAGUAUCUGGUGAGGGCCAGCUACCUGGAGAUUUAUCAGGAGGAGAUACGCGAUCUGCUGCACCCGGAUCAGAGCCUGCGCUUCGAGCUGAAGGAGAAGCCGGACGUCGGGGUGUACGUCAAGGACCUGUCGACCGCCGUUUGCAAGAGCGCGGCGGAGAUACAGCAUCUGAUGAACAUGGGCAAUCAAAACAGGACGAUCGGCGCGACGAACAUGAACGAGCACAGCUCGCGGUCGCACGCGAUCUUCCUCAUCACUAUCGAGAUGGGCAAUAUCGACGACACCGGUGGCAUCAGAGUGGGACGCUUGAAUCUAGUCGAUCUCGCAGGUAGCGAGAGGCAGAGCAAAACCGGCUCGUCGGGGGAGCGGCUGAAGGAGGCGAGCAAGAUCAAUCUGAGUUUGUCGGCCUUGGGUAACGUGAUCUCGGCGUUGGUGGACGGUAAAACCACGCAUGUGCCAUAUCGGGACUCUAAGCUGACGAGAUUGCUGCAAGAUUCCUUGGGUGGUAAUUCGAAGACGAUCAUGGUGGCGAAUAUCGGGCCGGCCAGCUACAACUACGACGAGACUCUGACGACUCUGCGAUACGCUAGUCGCGCUAAGUAUAUCAAGAACAAGCCUAGGAUCAAUGAGGAUCCGAAGGAUGCUUUGUUGAGGCAGUAUCAGGAGGAGAUAGGUCGAUUGAAGGAGAAACUCGCGCAGAAAGGCGUGGUGCAGCAACGAAAGAAGAAGAGGGUGAAAAGGAGAAAGGAGGAUGAGACCAUGGAUUCGGAGUCCGAAGACGACAGUCGGGGCGAAGACAAUAAAGUAUCCGAAACCGACAAGAAACUUAUAGCAGAGCAGUUGAAGGCCGAGAAGCAGGAGACCGAGAAUCUCGUUCACAGAAUAAAGGAUUUGGAGAGUAAGAUGCUCUGCGGCGGUAAGAAUAUAAUCGAUCACACGAACGAGCAGCAAAGGGCGUUGGAGCAAAAGGCGGCCGAGAUCGCGGAACGCAAGAGGCGCGAGGUCGAGAUGCAGCAGAAGUUGGAGGACGAGGAGUUGACGAUGGUUGGUGUGAGGGAGACCUACACCACGUUGCAGCAGGAGGUGGAUGUGAAGUCUAGGAAGUUGCGAAAGUGCUUCACCAAGCUGCAGGCUCUGAAGCAAGAGUUGGAGGACGUGACCAGUGACUACAACAGAGACAGGCGGGAUUUGGAGCAGGAGCAGCACGAAUUGAUGAAGGAGCUCAAGCUCAAAUACCUUAUAAUCGAGAACUUUAUCCCCGAAGAAGAGAAGACGAAGAUCCUAUCCAGAAUCCAGCUGGACGAAGAAGAGGACUGCUGGGUCGUGAAAGAUCCCGCGCCGUCGAGCAUAGAUGCCAUCAAGCGACCGACCUCCGUGCCGGGUGCGCGUAGACCGGUCUCGGAGUACGCGCGGAUCGCUCUCGCGAUGGGACGGGGAUGCCGUUACGCGGGCGAGAACAUUUUGAACCUGGAUCUCGACAUGCCGACACGGACGACCUUGGAUUAUCAGGGACCCGCGAUAGCGCCGACGAUCCAGGCCGUUCUGGAGGAGGCUCUGCGCGACGAGGGCGACAUAGACGUCGACGCUUCGAGUACGAGGCUGAGAAGCAAGACGCGUUUGCAGUCGGCGCGAGUCAGGCCAAAGAGCGUCACCAAGAUGCAGCAGAUCCCGGCACCGGUUUACCCCAAAACCAGAGGCCUCGUACCGAAGUAAAAUGAAAUCGUUGAAACCCCGAUCGGCGCGCUUCUUUCUUUCGUUUCUAAAGGGGAGUGUACAUAUUGUAUGAACCGCAGCAUCCUGUGCUUUAUUUAAUUCUUCGUGAUUACCUCGAGGUACACGGACAAAGAACGGAAUAUGUCUGCAAUUCUCUAGUCAUUGUGCAAUGCGUAAACAUAUGAUAUCGCUAAGUCGAGCAUGUAACUGUUGCAAUAAUACAGUAUAAAAUAGCUCUUGAAAUUUCUCCCCA